AUGACGAACUUUUCGAACCAUGUGUCCUAUAUUAACACCUCCACAGAAAUUGUUGAAUUGACAAAUGCACAUGGAUUUGGUGGACGUAGGAAGUCUGGUUUUAUUGGCAGUUCUCAUUAUCGGACGAUUAUAGAGAACCGCAUUCAGUUUGGUCCUG